GUAGUCGUGACCUCCCAUGUGGGUGUACCAAACAUCAAAUUCAAAAUGCCGAACUGAGUAGAGUCUUGUUCACCACUGUACCCAAGGCAACAACAAAUUUGAGGGCGGGCGACCGAGAAAGAAGAAUGUGUGAGCGUAUUUACGCGGUGUAAAUUAAUACGUGGAAAAAGAUAAACAUUUAGAACAAGACGGCUGCGUGAUGGAAGCACGGCUUGCGUAUUGAAGCAAAAAAACGAAACAGCCUAAACUCCCGGUCUUUCUUUUUUGGCCUGCGUCACAGUUGUGUCGUGGAACUGCAUAGCAGCACGACUCAGGCACCAUGGAGGAAGCGUUCGCGCAGCGCUCUACUUCCCGGUCCUCCACCUCCGCAAGAAUGGAGCCUUCGCAGCAGUCCACCCGGGCUUUCGUGCUUGGCCAAGCGGAGCGGCAUUUGUCGAGCCUGACGCAGCUCGCGAUUCUGAUUACGAUUGUCUGCUACGCGAUGGUGCAGCUCCAGGAAAUUCUGAUCUAUGCUGUGCAAAAGUAUCGUACUCGUAGUAGUUGCAAUUAUGCAUUUACAAAUCUCCAUCUCACGGUGAAACAGCAUCACAAAUUCCAUUUGUCGUGCUAAGGUAAUUUGUAAUGCAAUUCCCACUAGUACGAUGCUUUUGCAAUUCAUAUGAUCCCCUUCGCGCUCGCGGUCUUUCUCUUGCAGCUCUUCGAGAAGGUCGCCAAAUUGCUGGCCAAGCCCCGGGAUCUUAUCAAAUGUAAAAAUGUCUGGGUCUGGAAAGGUGGAACUUGUGAUGCUUUUUGCGGAUCCGAUUUCGAAAAAAAACUGUAUUGCAUGACCAGCAAGAGAAGUCCAAUUUGGUGUACACGGAGAGGGCAUUUCUGAUGCAGAAUACGCAUCAGGAAGCCCUCUAGAAAUAUGUGAUGCUAGGCCAUGCAUUACAGGCAUCAAGGGCCAUGCAAAAUAUGCAUGACAAGUCUGGCAAUCUUUCAGACCCAGACAUUUUUGCAUUUGAUAGAUCUGCUCGUGAAGCAACUGGACUCUUAUUGCGCGAACUACGAGCAGGCUACUAUGGCAACAUCUACUUCAUCCGCGAGGCAUUUCACAGCUAGUGGCGGAGCAAACGAUCAUAUGAAUCUGGGCGACCACGUGAGUGGCGGUGCGAGAACGCCGACGGGAAUCGCCAGUACAACCGGUCCUACUUCUUCCGCGACAGUUGUCUCACCGCUUUCGCUAUGAAAUGCAAAAGCAUCGUACUAAGUAGAAAUCGCAUGACAAAUUUCCUCAGCAUGAAAAUUGGAAUUUGUAAUGCGGAUAUAGGUUGUAAGAAGGAGAUUUGUAAUGCAUGACAGGAGCGAUUACUACGAGUGCGAUAAUUUUGCACAGCAUAUUCGCCUACAGCUACAAGGCCCUCGUCCCGGAGGAACAUUGCACUUUUCUACAGCUAUAUGGCAAGAAAAAACUGUUUCGCUGUGAACUUGUGAUGCAUAGAAUGGAAGACAGAACGCAUUUGUCUUGCCACACCUGCAAGACCUCGACUCUUUAGCCGUGUUUUCCCUUUGGAAGCGCGCAUGGCAAAUUUUCUGCGUCAUGUGUAACAAACUUGUGAUGCAGAUCUUGCAAGAUGAUCAUCACAGUGAAACAGUUUUUUCGUGGGAUAAGCUACCUGAAGAAGGCGAUUCACGUGAUUUCCGAUUUGUUGAUUAUCCUCAUCUGUCUCGCGUCGGUGCUGUAUGACGGUGCACAACUCCCCCUCCCCCUCAUUUGUAUCGCAUGAAGAGCAACACAAGCAACAGCAGAAAAGGGGUUUUCGCAUGACAAAUUUUCAUGCGGAUUGUAGUACUAAUUUGAGGUUCCAAAAUUUGUCAUGCUAGCAGUGCUUACGAGCAAGGUGUGAGUUUGGUACUUUGCAUGACAAACGAGGGGGAGGGGGAGUUGUGCACUGUCAUAUGCUGCUCUUUGUCUUCCUGGUGUUCUACGGGCUGUCGAAUCUGUUCGAUAAAUCCAAAUUCAUAUGAACUGCAAAGAAAAGCAUUGUACUUGUAGUAUUGCAAUGCAAAUUAGCUCAGCAUGAGAAAUGGAAUUUUUCAUGCUGAUUUAGGUUGAAAAAGAAAUUUGUGUUGCAUGACUGCGAUUUUUAGUAGGAGUGCGAUGCUUUUGCACAGGAUAACUCAGCAAGUACUACCAAUCACCGCGGGUGCAGGAUUUGAUAAACUACCUGCGGUCACUAGGGGUGGAGAUCACGGUCGACGAAGUGGUCCGGAAAAUCGAGGACCCCUUGACCCAAUUUGUCGGCGGGGUUUUGCAUUUCUUGUCGACGGGCUUCUUGGUGUUGAUGAUCCUCGGAUUUUUACUCCUCGGGGUGUUGCAGGAGACGCAGGCGAAGAAAACCGGCACAGUGACGAGCGGGAGCGCUACAACAGCUUCGGGGACAAAUCUUUCUCUGCACCACCAACGUCAACAUACCGCCUCCGAUCUGGAUCGAGAACUUUCUGACGUUACCACCGUUAUCAAAUGGAAAAAUGUCUGGAUGUGGAUCUGGAAGAAUGCAACUUGUGAUGCUGCAUUUGGAUUCCAAAAAAAUCUGUAUUGCAUGACCAGCAAAAGGAAUCUGAUUUUUGCUACGCGGAGAGGGCAUUUGUCAUGCGGAAUAGGCAUCAAGAAUCCCUUUAAAAAAACUGUGAUGCUAGGGCAUGCAUCACAGACAUCAUGGCUCACGCAAACCGUGCAUGACAGGUCUGAGAAUCUUCCAGACCCAGACAUCUUUGCAUUUGAUAGACGUGGCGCACGUGCGAUCUUCUGCGACAGGUACCGUUUAUGCUGUGCAAAAGUAUCGUACUCGUACUAAUCGCGUUCAUGCAUUACAAAUUUCUUUCUCAAGUGAAAUAUUAGCGCGAAAGUACCCCUAACGAAAAAAUCUUCAACAAAUUGCAAAAGUUUUUGAAAUUUUCUGUCGUCUCUGUUUUGUGGCGCGUUGCGCUGGUAUGGGCCGAGAUGCCCAGCAGGCUGGGUCUGCGGCCGGCGUGGAGGAGUUUUCGCCGCGAGGCCUGUUGAAGCCGCAGGCUUGGUGCAGCAUAAAACUUGCGGCUGACAGCCCAUCGCCCCAUGGCCCGCGAGCCGUUUUAGUGAUUAUUUUGGCCGUGAAAGCGUCUGCCCCUUUUCUCCAAAAUUCAGCCAAAAAUAAAUCGCAGGCGGGCCCGUUUUUCGGCGCCCAAAUUUCCGGAGGACCACGGACGGACCACAGACGGACCGCAGGCGGGCCACACUUGGCCAACAAAGCAAAUUUUUAAAAUUCCCAAAGUCAGGCGAUUCCUUAGGGUUUUUGCCGUCCCGAGCCAAUUCGGGUGCUUUUGUUUGCACAAAAAGAAUUUUUUUUUCGAACAAGCGGAAUUUGGGAAAAAUUUGUUUUUGCACAAAAAAAAUUUGGGAAGGCGAUACGGUUGGGGGGUAAAAUUGGGGGUUGAGAACUUUUCCUGCCCGGGAAGCAGGACGCCACGCUGGGUGAACGCAAUCCAUGUCGCGGCUGCAGAAUUAGUGCUGUGGGCCCGGAUGGCUGGGCAGCCUCCCGCGCAAGUCGGGCCUACAUCGCGAACGCUCCAACCUGGCAGGCCUCGGCAUUUCAAUUUUCCCGACCAUGGCCGCAGGAAGGGCCGCGACCUUUCUGGUGAUUUUCGCGACGACAAAAAAAAACCAAAUUUGUUGGAAUCAGAUUCCUUAGGGCAACUUUCUGCCCAAGAAAUACGCAUUACAAAUUUUAUUUUUCAUGCUGAGGAGAUUUGUCAUGCGAUUUAUAUAUACUAGUACGAUACUUUUGCAAUUCAUACCGUUCCGGGCGUGCCGAUUGUCAUGCCUACUACGACAGGAGUAGACAGAUUCAAAAAUACAAGUACGAUGAACGGCGCUUCGAUAUACAACAGUGAAGUACGCAGUGCAACAGUGCUAUCGUACUCGUAUAAAUGCAUUACAAAUCAUGUACAUGUCCUCAGCAUGAGAAAGAAAAUUAAUUUGUAAUGCUGAUCUACCUCAAGAAAAAGAUUUGUAAUGCAUGACUGCAAUACGAAUACGACGCUUUUGCGCUGCAUAUGAAGCGGAGUCGGACUAUUCCCCGUCCAUCGCCGAUAUCGUGUCGACAGCGGCUAGCACGACCAGUCCGCAGCACUUGCACGCCACCGUCGCUGCCGCGGAGUUGAGUAUGGAUCACGCGCUCAGUAACAACAACGCGAGCAAGGUCACGCCCUUUCUCACGUCUCCGACCACGCAGCAUGGGGCAGCACCGCCCCUGUUGGCCGCGCGUGGGACUCGGGACCCGAGACAGCCGCAGCUACCACACCACACGACCUCCACACGCUCGUCUCCGCACUAUUUUGAAUCCUUCGCACCAAAGGCGAAAGACCAGAUCCAGAAGUACAUUCUGCUGAAGACGCUCAUGUCUCUGAUUCUCGGGUGCGGGGUGGGCACCACGCUGUUAGCGGUGCAAGUCGACUUCUGGUUCGUUUUUACCGUGAUGGCGUUUCUGCUGAACUUCAUCCCGACCGUCGGCGGCGCGAUUAGUUUGAUCUUACCCACCGUGAUCACGUUUUUGGACCCAACGAAACAGGUGUCGGACAUCUUGAUCGUGUUUAUCAUACCGGUAUGCAUUGCAAAUAUGCCUGGGUCUAGAAGGAUGCAAAGUUAAUCCUGCUCGUCUGGCAUGACUAUGAGAGUAUCUCUUUGAUGCGUGAUAUCCAAGAAGACACCCUAGUAUUGCUUGUCAUGCAAAGUCGCCGUUUGUAAUUGAAUUGUAGUCUUUAUGGCGAAAGCGCAAGGCCUAGCCGCGCAAAUAAUAUUUCUCACGCUUGGUUGUGCAUUAUGGAAACAGAUUUUAUCACUUACGACUACGAGAAAUUCAGAUUCACAAACACAGCCGACCAUAUAUAAGUUUCCAAACCUAGACUUUUUGCAUUGGAUAACCAGGGUUGCUGCACAUUCUCUGCGGAAACGUGUUGGAGUAUCAAGGUGAAAAAUUCUCCCUCCCCCUGAUCAAAGUGGAAUUUACCCACCUACCUACCGGCUCGCCUGGUCGACCAGGCGACCGGGAGGCCGCAUACCGUGCCGGAAGUGGAUCAGACAGGGCCGGCGCCCCUUUCGCUCGCCUGGUCGACCAGGCGAGCGGAGAGAACCUGCCGAAAAGUUGCGUCACCUUGAGGCCGCAUACCGUGCCGGAAGUGGAUCAGACAGGGCGGGCGCCCCUUUCGCUCGCUUGGUCGACCAAGCGAGCGAAGAGAACUUGCCGACAAAUUGCGUCACCUUGUGGCCGCGUACCGUGCUGGAAGUGGAUCAGACAGGGCCGCCGCCCCUUUCGCUCGCCUGGUCGACCAAGCGAGCGAAAAGAGCCUGUCGAGAAAUUGCGUCACCUUGUGGCCGCACACCGUGCCGGAAGUGGAUCAGACAGGGCCGACGCCCUUUUCGCUCGCCUGGUCGACCAGGCGAGCGAAAAGAACUUGCCGAAAAAUUGCGGCACCUUGCGGCCGCGUACCAUGCCGGAAGUGGAUCAGACAGGGCCGGCGCCCCUUUCGCUCGCUUGGUCGACCAAGCGAGCGAAAAGAACUUGCCGAAAAAUUGCGGCACCUUGUGGCCGCAUACCGUCCCGGAAGUGGAUCAGACAGGGCCGACGCCCCUUUCGCUCGCUUGGUCGACCAAGCGAGCGAAAAGAACUUGCCGAAAAAUUGCGGCACCUUGUGGCCGCAUACCGUGCCGGAAGUGGAUCAGACAGGGCCGACGCCCCUUUCGCUCGCUUGGUCGACCAAGCGAGCGAAAAGAACUUGCCGAAAAAUUGCGGCACCUUGUGGCCGCAUACCGUGCCGGAAGUGGAUCAGACAGGGCCGACGCCCCUUUCGCUCGCUUGGUCGACCAAGCGAGCGAAAAGAACUUGCCGAAAAAUUGCGGCACCUUGUGGCCGCAUACCGUGCCGGAAGUGGAUCAGACAGGGCCGACGCCCCUUUCGCUCGCUUGGUCGACCAAGCGAGCGAAAAGAACUUGCCGAAAAAUUGCGGCACCUUGUGGCCGCAUACCGUGCCGGAAGUGGAUCAGACAGGGCCGACGCCCCUUUCGCUCGCUUGGUCGACCAAGCGAGCGAAAAGAACUUGCCGAAAAAUUGCGGCACCUUGUGGCCGCAUACCGUGCCGGAAGUGGAUCAGACAGGGCCGACGCCCCUUUCGCUCGCUUGGUCGACCAAGCGAGCGAAAAGAACUUGCCGAAAAAUUGCGGCACCUUGUGGCCGCAUACCGUGCCGGAAGUGGAUCAGACAGGGCCGACGCCCCUUUCGCUCGCUUGGUCGACCAAGCGAGCGAAAAGAACUUGCCGAAAAAUUGCGGCACCUUGUGGCCGCAUACCGUGCCGGAAGUGGAUCAGACAGGGCCGACGCCCCUUUCGCUCGCUUGGUCGACCAAGCGAGCGAAAAGAACUUGCCGAAAAAUUGCGGCACCUUGUGGCCGCAUACCGUGCCGGAAGUGGAUCAGACAGGGCCGACGCCCCUUUCGCUCGCUUGGUCGACCAAGCGAGCGAAAAGAACUUGCCGAAAAAUUGCGGCACCUUGUGGCCGCAUACCGUGCCGGAAGUGGAUCAGACAGGGCCGACGCCCCUUUCGCUCGCUUGGUCGACCAAGCGAGCGAAAAGAACUUGCCGAAAAAUUGCGGCACCUUGUGGCCGCAUACCGUGCCGGAAGUGGAUCAGACAGGGCCGACGCCCCUUUCGCUCGCUUGGUCGACCAGGCGAGCGAAAAGAACUUGCCGAAAAAUUGCGGCACCUUGUGGCCGCAUACCGUGCCGGAAGUGGAUCAGACAGGGCCGACGCCCCUUUCGCUCGCUUGGUCGACCAGGCGAGCGAAAAGAACUUGCCGAAAAAUUGCGGCACCUUGUGGCCGCAUACCGUGCCGGAAGUGGAUCAGACAGGGCCGACGCCCCUUUCGCUCGCUUGGUCGACCAGGCGAGCGAAAAGAACUUGCCGAAAAAUUGCGGCACCUUGUGGCCGCAUACCAUGCCGGAAGUGGAUCAGACAGGGCCGACACCCCUUCCGCUCGCCUGGUCGACCCACCAGGGCAGGCGAGCGAAAAGAACUUGCCGAAAAAUUGCGGCACCUUGUGGCCGCAUACCAUGCCGGAAGUGGAUCAGACAGGGCCGACACCCCUUCCGCUCGCCUGGUCGACCCACCAGGCGAGCGAAAAGAACUUGCCGAAAAAUUGCGGCACCUUGUGGCCGCAUACCGUGCCGAAAGUGGAUCAGACAGGGAGGGCCGCCGCCCCUCUCGCUCGCCUGGUCGACCAGACGAGCGGAAAGAACUUGCCGAAAAAUUGUGGCACCUUGUGGCCGCAUACCGUGCCGGAAGUGGAUCAGACAGGGCCGACGCCCCUCUCGCUCGCCUGGUCGACCAGGCGAGCGAAAAGAGCCUGUCGAGAAAUUGCGUCACCUAGUGGCCGCAUACCGUGUCGGAAGUGGAUCAGACAAGGCCGGCGCCCCUUUCGCUCGCCUGGUCGACCAGGCGAGCGAAAGGAAAGAACUUGCCGAAAAAUUGCGGCACCUUGUGGCCGCAUACCGUGCCGGAAGUGGAUCAGGCAGGGCCGACGCCCCUUUCGCUCGCCUGGUCGACCAGGCGAGCGAAAAGAACCUGUCGAGAGAUUGCGUCACCUUGUGGCCGCAUACCGUGCCGGAACGAAGUGGAUCAGACAGGGCAGACGCCCCUUUCGCUCGCUUGGUCGACCAAGCGAGCGAAAAGAACUUGCCGAAAAAUUGCGUCACCUUGUGGCCGCAUGCCGACCGUUCCGGAAGUGGAUCAGACAGGGCCGCCGCCCCUUUCGCUCGCCUGGUCGACCAGGCGAGCGAAAAGAGUGAACCUGUCGAGAAAUUGCGCCACCUUUUGGCCGCAUACCGUGCCGGAAGUGGAUCAGACAAGGUAGGGGGGGCGCCCUUUCGCUCGCCUGGUCGACCAGGCGACGGACCGGGAGGCCGCCCCUCGGAAAUUGUGCCACCCCCGGGGAGCCCCCUGGAAAUUGGCGACCGGGAAGCCGCCGCCUUGGGUAUGGGGUGGAUAGGAUUUUUCUUUACGAUAUGGAGCCCUACUUUUUCGGAUCUUCGUUCGAGUUGUAUCAUGAGUAAUAUUGCCGACGCUUCCACCCGAGAGAGACUACUUGGCAUGCAAGGCUGCAAGAAGCCUAAAGCUAAACUUGUGUGUGUGUUGUGUCUCAUGCGCAGGCACUUCUAUGAGAGCAGGCAUUGUCUAAAUGCUGUCUGAGUGUUUGUCAUGCCAAAAUAAGAGAUGCCGGUGCCGCGGCUUCACACAUGCUAAACGCAAUGAGAUUGCUCGCCCAGCAACCACCUCAUGCGCAACAGCAGUCAAAACUUGUUGCUUGAUUUGUGUCGCAAAGUGCUCACCUUCAGGACUCAGGUGUGUAGUGGGCGGUCCCGUUUUUACGUUGGAUAAACUGCACCCCAUUGUCAUCAUGUUCUGCUUGGUGGUCUGGAGCUCGCUCUGGGGAGUGGUUGGCGCGGUGCUGUCGGUACAGGAGGUUCCUUUUGAUGUGAGCGUCACAUCAUAUUGCUUCACCAUUACUAUGUACUAGAGAAGUAUUGCACCAAAAUGAAAAUUAAUACCAAAGAACCUAUUCAGGUGCCCCUCACUUGCUGCCUGAAGCUGGCCCUGGAGCCCCACAUCAAGGCCCAUCCCUACGCUCUGUUUGCGUAUCGCGCUAUGGAGUUCCAUAUGCAUUGCAAAAGUAAAUCGUACUGGUUCUCGUACUAGAAAUGAAAAUUUUUGCAUUUGUAGUCAUGUGCAUUACAUACAAAGCUCUUUGUCAGUUUUUAUGGUAUUAAAUCCACCGCAUUUUUAGUCCAGUCAUGCUGAGGGUGGAAUUUGUCAUGCGAUUAUUCUAGUACCAUUACGAUAGUACUGGCGCAAUGCAUAUUCGAGCUACCAACCGAAGAGCAGAUUUUGGAAACCGACUACAUCAGUUCGACGCCCCGGCCAACGCCCCGCACGUUGACGGAUCCCAGCCGAGCUUUGAUGAGCAGUGGCGGUGGUACAAAUUUUGGAAGUAGUUCUCAUGCGGCGGGAACAACUAUGGGGAUAUCCAAUACAAAAAUAUCCUUGGACGACGUCUGGAUGUAACAAGGCUGCACAUGAAAAGAAGUCUCGCCAUAUCUUGUUCAGUUCUACCUGCAUAUAUAACAGAUUCAGAUCUUGUUGUCCUUCAAAUUUCGCAUCACAAUAAAUCCAGCUAACCAAGAGUGAUAUUUACGAUGCAUAAGGGAGUAGAAACUACCACUCGAGUCGAAUGUCGACGGCGAGUAAAGAUUCCACGCCGAUAUCCUGAGCGAAAGGACCGUAGUACAACUAGUAGAAAUUAUUGCAUGAAGAUCACAUAUUUGCUCAGCAUGAUGGAUGCAGAUUGUAAUUCUGAUGUAGCCUAGGAGAGACAUUUGUCUUUGUCAUGCACAUUUGCAAUUACGACACGUACGAUAGUACACCUUUGCUGCACAGGAUAGCCGAGCUCGAGUUACAACGAGGGGUAGCUAACUCCAGAUGGGCUCGAAUCUUCUUCGGACGGUGGAACCUCUUCUAGGGGGGAUGAAAGACGAAGACCGUGGAAACAGUUUCGUAUUUGACAUCACUUCUAUGGACGAAAAAUAAAAGAUUUUUAUGACCACCGGGCAUUCAAGUCGGCAGUAAUUGAAAACUCGUGCGAACUAUUCGGUCCAACAAAAGAAUCACAGCACUGAAGUCAAAGUGCAGAAUGGACGAUAGGAGGCUGUAACAAGCGGAAAUUGAAAGUAGAGAACCUAUUGACGAGCACACCUAGAUGAAGUACUAGUAGUACGACAGGCGUAAUACUAGCCAAGGUUAAGGUGGUGCUCCUGCUUUUUGAAUAAAGAAAAACUACGCUCGGCUGUAUGAUUCAAAAAUGUAGUACCGGUGUAGAGCAGCGCGCGCUU